UACUAUUGGGCCUUCAUGGAACCUUCAACUGCACAGCCCUGUAAUCCUAACAAUUUUCUUCACCAUGCUUAAGAACCUUAAACCUUUUCCAACAUCAACCAUUCUUAGAAAGCCACUUUCCUUAUCUUCAUAGUUCAGAGGAUGGUCAAGUCUUGCUGUAGCAUGUGCUUGUGUUUGGUCUUACUUAGUGUUUUCCUGUGCUUUGUGUCAACACAAUCAGCACCAGAAAGUGCCACUGUGACACAGGUUCCUGGCUUCAGUGGGACUCUACCUUCCAAGCACUAUGCUGGGUAUGUGAAAGUGGGUGAGAGUGGUGGGAAGAACUUGUUUUACUAUUUUGUUGAAUCACAGGGUAACCCUUCUGAGGACCCUGUGGUUCUGUGGCUUAAUGGGGGACCAGGCUGCUCUAGCUUUGAUGGAUUCGUGUAUGAGCAUGGACCUUUUAAUUUUGAGGCAGCAAAGACAAAAGGGGGUCUUCCCACACUACAUCUCAAUCCAUACAGCUGGUCAAAGGUUUCCAGUGUUAUAUAUUUGGAUUCUCCUGCUGGUGUGGGGUGGUCAUACUCUAAGAAUGAAACUGAUUACAUAACUGGAGACACAAAGACUGCCUCUGAUUCACAUGAGUUUCUUCUUAAGUGGUUUGAACUAUACCCUGAGUUCCUUUCCAACCCGUUCUUCAUUGCUGGAGAGUCCUAUGCAGGAGUGUAUGUGCCUACUCUUGCUUCUGAAGUUGUGAAAGGAAUUGAGGCUGGUGUGGAGCUCAAACUAAAUUUCAAGGGUUACAUGGUUGGAAAUGGUGUGACAGAUGAAGAAAUUGAUGGCAAUGCUCUUAUUCCAUUUGUACAUGGGAUGGGACUGAUCUCAGAUGACCUGUUUAAGGAGGUGAACAGUGAGUGCAAUGGGAACUUUUAUAAUCCAACCAGUGAAAGUUGCUCUAGCAAGCUUGCAAAAGUUGAUCAGUUGGUUGAUGGGUUAAACAUUUACAACAUCCUAGAACCAUGCUAUCACACCACAGAGGCAGUGAAUAUUACAGAAUCCUAUAUUAGGUUGCCAUCUAGCUUCCGGAAGUUGGGUGAGACUGAAAAACCUUUCCCAGUGAGGAAAAGAAUGUUCGGUCGUGCUUGGCCCCUAAGAGCACCUGUGAGAGAUGGAAUUGUACCAACUUGGCCACAGCUGACGAGUUUACAACUUUCUCCACCAUGCACGGAUGAUGAGCUUGCAAACGCAUGGUUGAACAAUGAAGAAGUCAGGACAGCAAUUCAUGUUGCACAGAAAAGUGUCGUCAGUAGUUGGGAAAUAUGCACAGACAGAAUUUCAUUUGAUCAUGAUGCUGGGAGCAUGAUCAGCUACCACAAGAACUUAACUUCCAAAGGUUAUAGAGCACUUAUAUUCAGUGGUGAUCAUGAUAUGUGUGUUCCAUAUACGGGGAGUGAGGCAUGGACAAGAUCUAUUGGAUACAAGAUUGUUGAUGAAUGGAGGCCAUGGUCUUCCAAUGGUCAAGUUGCUGGGUACACACAAGGAUAUGACAAAAAUCUUACUUUUCUGACCAUAAAGGGAUCUGGGCAUACUGUUCCGGAAUAUAAACCACGAGAGGCAUUGGACUUUUACAAACGCUUUCUCGCUGGAUUGCCGAUAUGAAAGAGAAACAGAGGAUGUAGCAAGAGUGCUUCUUCUAUGUACUUCACUAAUAAUAAUUUGUGGAUGUAUGUUCACAUAUAUUAUAUUUAUCAUCAAUAAUAUUAAGCUUAGAAUAAAUGUUA